AUGGAGAGGCUCCUCUUCUCUCUGCUCCUGCUCAGCAUGGCUGUCAAGGCUCAGAUUUGCCCAAAGCGCUGCAUCUGCCAAAACCUGUCCCCUUCCCUCGCGAUCCUCUGUGCCAAAACUGGGCUUCUCUUCGUGCCUCCAUUUAUUGACAGGAAGACUGUGGAGCUGCGUCUAACCGACAACUUCAUUACCACGGUCAGGAAGAAAGACUUUGCCAACAUGACAAAGCUUGUCCACCUCACGUUGUCAAGGAAUACAAUCAGCCAGAUCAUGCCUCACACAUUUGCCGACCUGAGAGGUCUUCGUGCUUUACACCUGGACAGUAAUAGACUCACCAUAGUCAGCCAUGAGCACUUCAACGGUCUAAUGAAUCUCCGACACCUGAUCCUUAGCAACAAUCAGCUACAUUACAUUGCUGCCAGCUCUUUUGAUGACUUUAUGACAUCUCUUGAAGAUCUGGAUCUCUCUUAUAACAACCUAGAGAAUCUGCCUUGGGAAACUAUUGGCAAAAUGACAAAUGUCAACUCUCUCAGUCUGGACCAUAACUUGAUUGACUUUGUUCCAAAAGGGACGUUUUCCAACCUUCACAAGCUGGUUCGAUUGGACAUGACAUCCAAUAAACUUCAUAAGUUGCCCCCUGAUCCCUUGUUUCAAAGAGACAAAGUGUAUGCAAAGACAAAAGGAACCCCACCAUCGUCUCUUGUGCUUAGCUUUGGUGGGAACCCAUUGCACUGCAACUGUGAACUACUCUGGUUGAGACGCCUUACAAGGGAAGAUGACCUGGAGACUUGUGCCUCACCACCUCAUUUAAUGGGUAAAUAUUUCUGGUUCAUAUCUGAGGAAGACUUCACCUGUGAUCCCCCACUCAUCACACGACACACCUCCAAGACUUUUGUCAUGGAAGGUCAAAGAGCGACUUUGAAAUGCAAAGCAGUUGGGGACCCAGAUCCAUCCAUUCAUUGGACUUCACCAGAAGGACGACUGAUCUCUAAUUCAACCAGGGCCAUCACCAAUGAAAAUGGUACAUUGCACAUCCUAAUCGCCACCCCUAAAGACAGCGGAACUUUCACUUGCUUUGCCUCUAAUGCUGCUGGGGAUGCCAUGGUAGAAGUGGAGUUGAUUGUCAACCCUCUCCCCCAUUUUGCUAAUGGUACAAAUAACAUCAAAGAACCAGAUCCUGGUUCGUCCGACAUCACCACUUCUGCCAAGUCUGGUUCUCCACCUGUUGCCAACGACACAAAAAUUGUGCAGGAUAAGAAGGUCAUAGCAACUGACCUCACAUCAUCUUCAGUACAGAUCCGUUGGCCCUCACAGCGAAACAUCCCUGGAAUCCGCAUGUAUCAAGUCCAGUAUAACAGCUCCUCUGAUGAUGUACUUGUUUACAGGUAA